AUGAUUCCGUUACUUUUAUUAUGUGCAUUUUCAACAAUUAGGGUGUACGGAUUUGGGGCACCUGGAAUAGUGCCGCCUGAAAGUUUCAUAGCAGAACGGUGGUAUCCUUCUAACCUGCCUACUGUCAUGCCACCAUGGAAGUUGGCUGGAGUUGACAUUUCGAAUUUCCGAACUGCGAGACCACAUCAGUCUCCUGGAACCAACACUAUCACUACUACACCAGUUGCUCCUACGGCUUCCUUGCCAAUGCCACCUGGAACUUCAUCCCCUGCAUUAGCAUCUGCUGAAGUUUCAAAUAACGGACCACAUCCUCCAGCACCACCACCAGGGUCAUCUUCCGCUGAGGCAUCUGGCUUACCAUCUAGUGUGGAACAAGAUGAUGAUACUUCUGCUCAGAACUCAACAGCUCCGUCGAGCACGGAGGAGCUCAUGACACUUGGCGUUACUGCUACCAAUAUUCAAACUGAGAAGCCUGAAAAAGGAGUUUUAAAAAUUCUCUCUCCAGUUUUUGAGGAUAUCACUAAAACUGAUAAUAUCAGUGAUUCUGAAGAGAUCCUUCGUGUAAAUUCGGAGAAAUCCAUGGAAGGCAGCGGUGACAAUGAACCAGAGUUGAUGACCACGCUAGAAACAACGACAACUACCUCAUCUAAGAAAUCAUCUGAAGAAACGACGGUGUCAUUUACCACCCCGACGACUACAACAAUGACUUCUGAAUCAUCAACAACUGAGAAACCCGUAACUGAACCAAUGACGACGUCUUCUACAACUUCUACUACUACUACACUUUCUACUAUAACCUCAUCAUCCACAUCAGCAACAAAAGAUAUUCAGGAUGAAGUGACGACCACCACUACAAUGACAACCAAAUUGGAAAUCACAAACACGACGACGGCAAAAUUGCAUCCAACAAAAGAAUGCAAGGACAUUCUCUUCUUGUUGGACUCAAGCGGAAACGUGGUGCAGCAGUACGAAAAACAAAAGAAGUAUAUCGAGGAAAUUGUUCAUCAAUUGGAAGCGGAACAUCCUCGUCGAAUGGCCUUGAUCACAUUCGCCGGCAGAACACGGCAGAAGAUUGUUGUUCCGCUACCGGAGGAACCAAAUGGAAUCAAAUUCGUUGAGAAAUUGAGAAAAGCAAGAUUCCUGCGAGGUGUGACUGCGGCUGGAGCAGCUAUCUCCGUUACAACUCAAUACGUGCUCCAAAAAUCCAGACACGUCCAAGUAGUAGUUGUGACUGACGGAUUCUCAUUUGAUGACGUUGACAGACAAUCCGAAGCACUGCGCGCUGUUGUUGGAAUGGAGACCUACGCUACAGGAAGAUACUUCCCAGUUGUUAGAAAUGUGUUGCUCUCGAUUGGCGGAGCAGAUGAUCAUGUUUUCUUUGACAAGAAAGAGUCGCGUCUCGUUGAUGCACUGCAGUGUUAA